AACAGGGAUGAAUUCAAAAAACCAGCGGGUAAGGGGACUUCUCGGGUGUUGUGUCUGGGAGCAUCCUCUCUCUCACCUCUCUCUUCAAAAUCCUACGAAGAAGGUGUGGAUAAAGGAGAUAAUUGGCAACUCAUGGAAAAAUUGUCAUGGUUCGCCAAUUAUUAAAAAGUUUGCAUAGAUCUGCAAUUACCAUGUUGAAUUUUGAUUUCUAGCUAAAUAGGCCUUUCUUUAAAUCAUCUAAUUAAUAAUCUUUCUUCACAAUGUUUUUAUUUGUUAUGCCCAGCUUAUUCAACUUCAUUUUUUUUUCCUUACAUGUUUCAGCUUAGCCAUUCACAGAAGGAAUUUUCUAUCAUUGUUGGCAUUAUAUAUUCUUUUACAAUGCUAAAUAUGACAAUUUAUGUUUUACUUCCUCUAUUUGACUACUUCUCCACUUUAUAUCUCUCAUCACAACUAUAUAUAUCAUCUGGUGUAGAAAAACUAUAAACUAUAAAACUAUGAGUAAAACAAUUGGUCCGUUGAUGCUAGCCUGCUUUGCUCCUGAAUCGGACAUUUCAAAAGUAGUUACAUUCUUAUAAAAAAUCAUGCAUCCUUAUCCCUCUGGCUGUCCCCACCUAUCCCUUUCUCUAAAAAGUGGAAAAAAGUGGAAUCGUCAUCUAUGAUCUGUUACGAUAUGUUCCUGAUUAAAAUCAAGAUAAGCUUUCUGGUCUAGAUAGUAAAACCUCAUCUUAUCUUUAUAUAAGAAAGUAGCUAGUACUUUUUUUGAGCAAAAGUAGGUAGUACUAUUAUCUAUGAUUCUAUGCAUGGCAUUUACAGAAAUGGAACUCAGAAAUGGUCCACACCAUAGAUUGACUUAUCUAGCCAACUUAAGCUUAAGUUGAUGGACUACAUGCACUAAAAUAUACUUAUAUCUUUAUAUUUCUGGCUAUAAAAUAAAUUAUAAUUUUCCAUAAUUCAUAAUUUACGGAUACAGAAUUAUUAGCUUAACUUAAUUUGCUACAAUAUAAAUUAAACGAGUCCAAGAAAAUUCCUAUACGAGUUGAAGUCAAUUUUUACAACCAAACUUUUCUUAUAAAAUAUAUACUUUUAUAUUAAUAUUUGUUAAAAUAGUAAUAAUUUAAGUACAAACAAUCAUAAUGAUUAAUUUGUUAUGGUCACAAGACCAAAAAAAAUUACGAACUUGUCCAAUAAUGUAAUGAUCACUAAAAAGGAAGCGAAAAUUCUUGUAAGAGUAUAAUAAUAGAAAAGAGAAGAAGCAUAUAUAUGGAGGAGACUAUAUAGAACUUCCUUUUCAAGAAAGAAAAAAUGAGAUAAUUUUGGGGCAUUUUUACAUUUAACCAAACCAAUCAAAUCCAAAAUCCUUCCAAACUGACUGAACAGUGAACCACAUAGCCUAAGCAUAUACAGUGGCUCGAUUAGUAAUGAUUUUCACUACUUUAGAAUUUUAACCGUAAAAGUUUUGAUUUUAAAGCUGUACAUGUUAUUUAUAUAUUUUUAAGUGUUUGACUGGCAUCAUAAACUUUAAAAGCUAUGAUUAUUAUAAGAAAAUAUAUUUAUAAUUAUGUAUCAUGUCCAGAAGCUGAUAAAAUAUUUAAGAAUACAAAAUUAGAAUAUAAAAUAUGAGACAGACAUUAGAAUGAAAAAAAUCGGUAUAUUUAUAAUUUUUAUUGGUUAAUAACCAAAAACUACAUCAAGAAGUGUUUAUAUUUAAUAAAAUAUGUUUUAUUUAUGAAAAAAUAUCAAUAAUUGUGUUUUUAUUUAUAAAAGUUAUCAAUAAAAUGUGUGUGUUUAUUUAUUAACUAUUAAAAGAAUAAUUAAAAUUAUAACCAAAAAUUUAUUUGUUAUUAAAAGUUAAAUGAUAGUACAGUUUAUUAAAUAAAACAAGAAAAGUAUUAUUAAAAUUAUUAUUAUAAAAGGUUCAUAAUUCAUUUUCAGAAAAAUCUAAUAAAAUUAUCUUGCUCUUUAUUGGAUUUUAUUUUGAUUGUGUUAAAUGUUUUAUUAUGUUCAAGUGUUUAAUUGUUUAUUAUCUUCUAGGAUAUAUUUUUGCAUGCGUAUGCUAGGUACCAUAUAAAUAAUAUAAUGCACUACUAUACUACGCUACAUACUUUUGUUUUCUCCGAGUGUCACUGUAUACAAUAUGGUUUCCUAAUUAUGUUAAUAACUAUUUUUAAUCUAAUAUGUUAUGACUAUUUUUAGUUUUUUACUAAUCCUCAACUCUCUCUGUGUUCCCACGUGGACAUCCACAAUAAGAAAGGGGAAAAAUGUGCAAAUAUGCAAGGGAAAUUUGAACCAAUAACCAACAAAAAAAUUAUAUUUCACUAACUAACCAUUUCUUUCCCUCUCUCCUUCCUUUUUUUUCUAUCUCUCUCUACCCUCUUACUAUAAAACCAAUAUUUUCUUCCACUAUAGUUAUUCAACAAAUUAACCCAAUAUGCAAUAUAGCCUUUUGCUGCUAGCCAACGCGUAGGUUCGAUGAAAACAAAGACUUGUGGCUGAGAAAACAUUGUAAAUUCAUUUGCUGACCUCAAACUAAAAACUUUACGUGAGUGCGUGGGCCUCUGUUAUAUUGUGUUGAUUCUACUAGAGUUCUUUUUGGCAUCACCUAAAUCAUUGUUUUUGUCGUCUGAUGUAUUAUAGUCAAUGAUAGCUUUCUUUACAACAAGCCCUCUGAUUUGAAAAUUGUAUACCCAACAAACAGAACAUGACUAACAAAAACAAAAAUCCAGAACCUAACAUUUAACAACGACGGCUUAAGCAAACGAUAAUUUCAUUUAGAAAUAUAUUUUUUGCCAGCGAGAUGAUCAAUGCCACAUAUGACUGUGAACAGUUAGAAUCCAUUACAUUUUGAACUACGAGAGAAGUUCUUCUAUUAGCACAACAAUGCUCCAAUACUGACCCUUGAAACCAAAAUAAUGGCCAUCCCAUUUCUCGAGAACACACAUACUUAAUAUUAUUAUUUCCUAGUAAAAGUAUUAUAAUUAUAAAUAGUUUAGCUAGGCAUUUAAAAUUUGAGAGAUAUACGCUGAAAACACACAUAAAUUUAACUUGCUAUAAAUAAAAAUAUUCAGUGAGAAAUAAAAUUGAUUCGUGGCUGGAAAAUCUUGGGAGUAGAGAGCACAGUUCGAGUGAUAUCAAUUAUUUUCGCUAGGCAAAUCAAUCACAGUGAUUCGACCAGAGCCCCUUCUCUCUUGCGGACGGUCGCUACUCAUUCUACAAUCUACCACAUAUGGAGGCAAAGAAACAACCUGUUACACAAUCAUAUCCACAUCCCAGCAAUCACUGUCUUCAGGUUGAUCAACAGAAACAUCCGUAACACCCUUUUAGGGAGAAGAUCAAAGAAGAAAUUCAUGCCACUCAUGUCCAAAUGGCUGAUGUAAUCUAAUUCUCUUGUGAGAAUUCUUUUGUAAUGUUUCCUUGUUUUUAUUUUUUUUGCCUGGGAAACAAUAGUAUAGGAGUUUCAAAACUUUUAUAAGAUCCUUUAUUCAUUAUAUGAUGAUAUUAACGUUCGCAGCAAAAAAAAUUAUGUUUGGCUGCCGUAAACAUUUAAGUAUUUAACUUAAAAUGGAAACAAACUGUACGAAUCCGUGUUUUAAAUUACGAAAUAGUGAAAGUUUUUCCCCAAAGAUAUAAUAAAACUAAAACAUGAAAGAGCUGUGAAAAAAGAAGACACGCGAUGGAUAGUGAUGGAUGCAGGCUAGGAGAAGAAAAAUCAUUUGAACUUCUAUAUAAAAUAGAAUGGCUCACGCGCACCACACUCACCACAUCACUGCAUCCAAUUUCUACAACCGAUUAUAUUUUAAUAUAAAAUUCCUCAAGUGUGACGGAUACCCUAACAGAAGGCUUAUAAAUAUCCCAUACGGCCUUUCCUUGGCCUCUCUUCAUAAAACAGAGACAAAAUUUAAAUCACGUAGAAAAAGGCCUUGACAUGAUGGACUCUUAGAAAAAUUUAGUCACGAUUCUGGAUUGUUUUGUUUUCCAAACUUCUUUUUUAAUGGAGACAAGUAACGUGGGGUUUAGGUUUUGUCCAACGGACGAGGAGCUGAUAAACUAUUUUCUCAAGAACAAGAUUCUAGGUAAACCAUGGUUAGUCGACGAUAAGAUUAGAGAGGUUAGCAUAUGUAGUUACGAACCAGCGUCUUUGCCUGGUGAGCUUUCUUUAGCUUGUUUAUAUCGUGAUCUUUUGGUGGGUUUUGUUUUUUGGUUUUAAAUGAGAAGUAUGUUUGCAGCUUUAUCAAUGAUCAAAUCGAAGGAUCUUGUAUGGUACUUCUUAUCUCCAAAGGAGUACAAGUCUCCAAAGAAGAGCCUAACGAAGAGGACUACACCUUCUGGGUUUUGGAAAUCUACCGGUAAGGAUCGAAAAAUCAAGGAGGACAAAAGAAGAGACGGUGUUGUGAUCGGUAUUAAAAAGACCCUUGUGUACCAUGAAGGUAAAUCUUCUAAUGCAGUUCCAACUCCUUGGAUUAUGCACGAGUAUCACAUCACUUGCUUGCCUCUUGCUGAUCAGAGUACCUAUGUUAUAUGCAAGCUAUUUUAUAAGGGCAACGUUGGAGACAUCCCAUCCGGUAGCAACUCGACUAAACCAAGUCACUAUUUGGUCAUUAGUGAUUCAAACACAGUUGAAGCGACUAACACACCGCCUCAAGUUGAGCAGGCAGGUCAAGAAAGUUUAUCUGGCUUCUCUGUGAACGAUGUGACAAUGCUGAUGAACGAGCAAGAGGAUCUAUCUCCUUGGGAUACACUGUGUCCAAUUCCAAAUACGUUGUUCAUUGACAACAACGACAACACUAAAGUGCAGCUACAAACUACGUUGCUUAGCACAAAACGAUGAUGAGGAUCUUGGUGCAUUCACGCAGAUAGAAUCUUUGCUUGCUGAUCAUCAAGAAUUCAUAACGCAAGAGAACUUUGAGGAGUACAUGCUAAAAUGGUCUUGCUUAUUAUAGCAGAGAGAUAGUACUCUGCGGUCUGUAAAGCACAUCAACUCUUUUUUCAUUACUUUCAUGAACUUAUAUAAAUAAAGUUUACUACAAUAAGACAGAAAUGCACAAAACUUAUGCAGAAGCUUACCAUAAGUAAAAAUGGAACUAUUGUUUAUUACUACA